GAUCAUAUGACUUCAGGCGAAGAAAAUGAAAGCUUGGUGCAGCCAGCUGAAACCUGCGUUGCUUAUUUUGAUCUUUAAUCUCUGUUUUUACGCAAGUUUUCAGCUGACCGAGCCGCAGGUAUGUGAGCUCUGCGGCGGGGCCGUGCUUAAUGGCUCCGUAGUGGGUCAGUUCUGCGCCUCAUCAGCCGGUCGGGUACACGGGCGCUGCUGCUUCAGAAAUGACAACACAAGUGGCCAUGAACACAUCAUUGGAUUGGAUCUGUCCAAUUGUUCACUAGCUCGGGUGGAGGAUCUGCAGGGGGCGACAGAGGCAUUAAUGAUAGACCUCUCACUGAAUCCCAUAAUCAACAUCAGUGACACAGUCUUUCAAGGAUUCAGUGAGUUAAAUUAUGUGAUUUUGCCACAAAAAAUAGAUUGUCCUGGAGGCAACUCCUCCUGGGAAAAGGUCGAGGUUAAAGCGGGAAAUCGUCUUUGUGAAGGCCAGAAGGAUAUGUGCAAUCAAACUGGACAGCUGUCCAGUGAAUGCCCGGAGAACUCCCUGUGUGCCCCCUACGGCCCUGGCUUCUUCCAGUGCAGCUGUGCUGACAACUAUCAUGGGUACAAGUGUCUCAGAGAGGGGACGUUCCCAACUCUGCAGGUGUUCGGGCCUCUUGUAGCAUCGACCGUUGUGCUCUCUCUCCUGCUGUGGGUCACCCAGAGGCGGAAAGUCAAGCCACUCUAAAGGUUGAACUGCGGUCAACUUGUUCAUGUGCAAUGAUCGACCUAGCUGAAACUGACUGUUCUGAAAGGGAAAACUGACACAAAGUGUGGUAUACCCCCAGGUUUCUAUUCAUUAUUGUACUUUUAGUUUACUUGAACACCUUCUGGUUGGGUAGCUAUACGUUUUAUUUUGGACAUUUAAAAAAAACGAAUGACUGCGUUUUCAGGGCAUUUUAGAAAAUAAAUGAUUAUUAACAUGUUA